CACUAGCCCUCUGAUAGUGUUCGAUCACCAUGACUGGGUCCACGAACCCGACCAAAUUUCGAAUCGCGAUUGUUGGAGGAGGCAUUGGCGGACUGGCGUGUGCUGUUGCGCUCAAGGACUAUACAAAUAUCGAGAUUAAUGUAUAUGAGCAAGCGGCACAAAUCACAGAGAUCGGGGCAGGGGUGACAGUCUGGCCGCGAACCUGGGAGAUACUCAAAUCGUUGGGUCUCGAAAAAGAUCUUUCUGUGCUCCUCAAAGAGCCGCCGUCCAAUGUUCAAAAAGUGGCGUUUGAGAUGCGGCUGAGCGAUAGAAAAAAGGGAUUUACGUUUCGUAAAAUCUUCACCAGAGACGGGGGGUUCUGCUUUCAUCGUUCAAACCUCCAAAGUGCACUUCUUCGACAAAUUAUAUCCGAUUCUUCUUCCGCGUCUUCUUCAUGCAAUUGCAAGAUCCAUCUAUCGCAUCGUCUUGAACGCUGCGAAGAGACUAAUAACUCUGUGAAGCUAUUUUUUGAAAAUGGGUACAGCACGUCUUGCGAUAUGGCUAUCGGAGCAGACGGCAUCAAGUCUGUGGUUCGAAAACACGUUGUAUCGCUAUCAAAUACAACGGGCCUCGGGGGGCAAUUGAUUUUCACAGGCUCGAAAGCGUUUCGUGGACUUGUGACGAGAGAAAGGUUUGAGCGACUUUUCCCAAAUCACAGAGCACUGGUCAAUGCGGUAAUGUACAAUGGAAAAUCAAAACAUAUAGUCGUGUAUCCUAUCAAUGGAGGGAAGCUCAUAAAUAUUGCGGCGUUUAUUUCCCAGCCAGAAGGUGAAGGAAAGGUAUUUCCGGCCUUUCAUGGGAAUCGGCGAACCACAGAAGAAAUGCUCGACGCAUUUUCUGGAUGGGAGCCUGAGGCGAUCCAAUUGCUUAGCACUAUCGAAGAUCCUUCUUGUUGGCCGAUUCAAGAUCUUCAUCCAUUGAAGACGUACACCACUCGUCGGAUACUUCUUCUUGGAGACGCGGCUCAUGCAAUGACUCCGCACUUGGGUUGGAAUUUUUUCCUGUUUUUCUGUGUCUUGUCUGAGCCCAUUGAUCUUCACAGGCGCGGGUGCAGGACAGGCCAUAGAAGUUAUCUCUUUUCAAAACUGAUCCAACCAAGGUAUCCCGAUCCUCAAUCCUUGCUUCAUCUCAUCAAGGUCUAUGAUAAAUUGCGCCGGCCGUUUGCAAACCACUUACAAAAGAACUCCAGGAAGCAGGGUUAUUACAAUGAGUUGAAUAUGCCAGAGUUUGAUGAUAUACAUUAUGAAGGACAGGAGUUGGAUGCGGAGCAGAUUGUCGCUUUGGGGUGCGCGCUGAGAGAGAAUUGGGAUAGCUGGUGGCAAGAUUGUGCGUUGAAAGAUGUAGAAGAGGGUUUGGAGAUGUUGCGGGUUCAAGCAAAGAUGUGA